AAGCAACGCUGAAUCCUCUGCUGAGUAUUUUGAAGCAGGUCGUACUGAAAAACGUGAAGCUCUUGAAUAUGAAAAAUCGGGUAUGCGAGUAUUCAAUGUUGGAGUUUUAAUGGCUUCACAUUUAGAUUCACCUUUUGAUUUGGAACGUUGUGGACCUGCUGUGGAUUUGGCAUUAGAAGUUAUUAAUGAAGAUUUUUUAAAGCAACAUAAUAUAACAUUGAAAAAGGUUCAAGCAAGUUAUCCAUCUUGUUCUGGUGAAAGAGCACCUGGCUUAGCCGCUGAUAUGCACUUUAAGAACGAUGUAAUUGCCUUCAUUGGUCCUGCCUGUGCAUUUGCCUUGGAGCCUGUUGCACGCCUUGCUGCUUAUUGGAAUACACCAAUUAUUACUGGCAUGGGUGAUCAGCCUCCAUCUGAAGGUGAAUUAACUGUAACUUCCGGUAUACUAGGAAAAAUUCACAAAUGGAAGAAUGAAAGUACGGGUAUGUUCAAGGAUAAAACAAAAUAUCAGACACUGACACGUAUGUCCUAUUGCCAAUGUCGCUUGAAGUUAGUAUUUGCUAGUAUAUUUCGGCAGUUUAAUUGGAAGCAUGUGGCAUUGCUGGUUGAUAGGUCUGACCUGUUUUCAUUGACUGUUGGUAAAAACUUAGAGUAUGGACUUCGUCAGGAAGGCUUAUUGAGUUUUGUGCGUGAAUUGAAUGGCAAUGAGCAGGAACCAUAUGAAAACUAUUUAAAAGAUGCCAGCAUGUAUGCAAGAGUUAUAAUCCUCUCUGUACGGGGUACAUUGGUGCGAAAUUUCAUGCUGGCUGCAUAUGAUUUGGAAAUGACAAAUGGCGAUUGGGUAUUUUUGGAUGUUGAAAUAUUUCAGAGUUCAUAUUGGGGAGAUCAUGACUGGGAAAUGGGAGAUUCACAUGAUAGUCGUGCACGUAAAGCAUAUGAAUCAUUACUACGCGUUUCGCUCCUACAACCAACAAGUCCAAAAUUUCAGGGUUUUGCUGAAAAUGUACGCGACAUGGCAACUAAGAAUUAUAAUUACACAUUCAGUGAGGGCGAAGAGGUGAAUUUUUUUAUUGGCGCAUUCUAUGAUGGUGUUAUUUUAUUAGGAAUGGCAUUAAAUGAAACGCUAACUGAAGGCGAGGAUAUACGCGAUGGUACAGCUAUUACACGACGCAUGUGGAAUCGCGACUUUCAUGGAAUAACUGGACAUGUGCGCAUCGAUGAAAGUGGUGAUCGUGACGCUGAUUACUCAAUUCUCGAUUUAGAUCCUAUUAACGGUAAAUUUGCAGUUGUAGCGCAUUACUAUGGUCUUCAUCGGCAAAUGAAACUGAAUAAUGAGCUCAAUAAUAUGUCUUGGCGAGUCCGUCCCGAUGAUAUACUUUUAGAAGUUGGCCGUAUGUACGGUAGUAAAAUUGGUUUACAGAAAUUGAAUGCGGAGAAUUUUUCGCUACAACAAUAUGGUAUACACUCUGGACGUGCCUCCAUAGCAAGUUACUCCUCAUUACCAUUAUCUCAGGUUUUUACUACGAUUGGAAUUUUUAAAGGUGAACGAGUGGCAAUCAAGAAAAUCCAUAAGAAAAAAGUUGAUAUAACCCCAACGUUACUCUGGGAAAUCAAACAAGCUCGAGAUGUUAGUCACGAGAAUACAGUACGUUUUGUUGGCUCAUGUAUUGAUUUGCCGCGACCAACAGUAUUAAUACUCACAGAAUAUUGCCCAAAGGGCAGUUUAAAAGAUGUGCUUGAAAAUGAAGCUAUACAACUUGAUUGGAAUUUCCGUAUGUCUCUAAUACACGAUAUUGUAAAGGGAAUGGCUUAUUUGCACAAUAGCGACGUGCAAGUACAUGGAAAAUUACGUUCCUGUAAUUGUUUAAUUGAUGGACGUUUUGUAUUAAAAAUAUCUGAUUUUGGCUUACGUACACUAACAACACCCUCAGAAUUUGUUAAGGAUCAGAAUUAUUUUAAUAAAUUUCUUUGGAUUGCACCUGAACUUUUACCACUGACAGUAGUACCAGGCAAUCCGGCUACACAAAAAGGUGAUGUAUAUUCAUUUGGUAUUAUUUUAGAGGAAAUAGUAGUGCGUGGUGGACCGUAUGAAGCAGCUCGUCAAUUUAUGGACAUACAAACUAUAUUACAUCGGGUUGAAUCGCACGAAAAUCCACCAUUGCGCCCAUUUGUCACACAACGUGAUUGCCCCUCCGAUGUAUUGGAUUUAAUGGAAAAGUGUUGGGCUGAUAGUCCAGAAGAUCGGCCUGCUUUUUCUACUAUUAGAUCUAGUGUACGUCUUAUAAUGAAAGGUUUUUGUGAGAAUCUUAUGGAUGAUUUACUACGUCGUAUGGAGCAAUAUGCAAAUAAUUUGGAAAGUUUAGUUGAAGAGAAAACUGAACAACUUAGCAUGGAGAAGCGACGUACGGAAGAGUUACUGUUUCAAGUUUUACCAAGACCAGUGGCGACACAACUGUUAGCUGGCGAAAUGGUUCAACCUGAACAAUUUGAAUGUGUUACAAUAUAUUUUAGUGAUAUUGUAGGCUUCACAGCACUUUGCGCUCAAAGCGGCCCAAUGGAAGUGGUCGACUUCUUAAAUGAUCUCUAUAGCACAUUUGAUCGCAUAAUUGGAUUUUAUGAUGUGUACAAAGUUGAAACAAUUGGCGAUGCAUAUAUGGUUGUGUCUGGGUUACCUGAACGGAAUAGUGAUAAUCAUGCACGCGAAAUUUGUCUAAUGGCUUUAGCAAUUCUGGAUGCUGUUAAGUCAUUCACAAUCAAACACAAACCAGAUUACAAGCUCAAAAUACGGAUUGGCAUUCAUUCCGGACCGGUGUGUGCAGGCGUUGUUGGACAGAAAAUGCCACAUUAUUGUUUAUUUGGAGAUACAGUAAAUACGGCUUCACGUAUGGAAUCUACUGGAAUGCCACUUAAAAUACAUGUCUCAUCGGCAGCAAAAUUUUGUUUGGAUAAGUUUGGUACUUUUGAAAUGGAAUUACGAGGGGAAGUUGAAUUGAAAGGAAAAGGUAAACUUAUCACAUAUUGGCUUAAUGGUUGCACAGAACCGGAUCCAAGACCACCAACACCACCCAAAAAUAACAAUGAUGAAGUACCAUUUCCAAUAUUAUUUCCUGCUAUUUGCAAAUAAGAAUACAAUUAAGAGAUUAAACUUUUUAGUUCUUAAUGUGUAGUACAUAACAAAUAUCCCAUACAUAAUCUACAGAAUCUAUUGAUGUACCUUAUAAA